AUGAAGAAAGAUUGCAAUAAAGUUGAAACCAAAAUAGAUGAUGGCGAGGAAAGGGAGAUCCAGGUAGAAAAGAAAAAAGAUGACCCUGCAACAGAAAAGGAUGACAACAUCGAGGUUGCUAACGAAGGAGAAGGAAGCAAUGUGUGUCAAGAGAACAAAUUCAACAAACCUGAUGUUUUCCAUGUCAGGAAAAGGAAGUUACGGUUGCUGAUCAAGAAAAUUUCCUAGAUAAAAGCAGAACGUCAAGCAAGACAGAUGUUGAGACCCAUUCACUUAUUGCGACAAAGAAACUACGACACGCAAACUUCAACUGGUUUGUUUUUGUUUCAGUAAUGGAAGAAUUUUUUCGGGAUGCAGGUUCUUCAUCAGAAAUGCUUAACCAGUUCUUAGACGAUUUUUCUUCGAAAUUGCCUGAGCUUGGUCUUAGUGAGGAAGUAGUUAAGUUAACACAAACUUCACGGACUAUAUAUCUUCAUAAAAUGCACAAAGAACAGGCGUUCAGCUGUGUGUACCGAGACACAAGCGCAGGUUAUCCAGCAAGCGAUAUAAAAGUGUAGCCAAUGUUAAAUAUCAACGAGCAAGGAAAGGAUUCACUUUAAAGCACAAUCCGGACAGUAAAUGGAGUUGUUCCAUGUACAAGUUGUUUAAACAACUCCUAAAAGAUGGAAAGGAUAUUUUACUAUUAAACCAUGAUGACCAGGCUGGAUUUCGCCGUACUCAACAUUUACACACAAGAACUAUCCUGUGCUUUCUUUGAAUCCCACGAAUACAACCCGGACAGAUUUCGUUAAUAAGCACCCGACCCAGCUUCAGACAACGUCUCAUAAUUAAAAAAACCCAGAAACAACUGACGAGUUAUGCACUGGAGUAGUCAAAUCUUCAAAACUUCAUGAAAAGAGUCCUUCUCAGCAUGCUGAUGAUAUUGUAGCACUUGAAGGAGUAGAUAUAUUGAAAUCAGCAUUUUACAAAGAGAAUACCCAAGAACCCAAAGAUGUGGAAUGCAUUCAGGUAGAUGGAGCAGGUGACGAAGGUCUGUCGCACCACGAAGUUCAAUUCAUGUGGACUGAGCAUCACAUGACCAAGCCAACUAAGAUCACGUUAGUUACCACCCGGUGCAGUGUGGACAGUUUCCUCAAUAGUUUCCAAAAUGGAUGUCUCGGAAGAGGCUAUUCUAACUUGUUUAUACCAUCGACAUUAAUGGGGUCCAACGAAGCUGAUGAUGGUGGACUUGAUGAAGAAAAACACAAAGAAAACAUGUGUGCAGCAAUUGCCAAAUAUAUCAGCAGAGUUGAUGGCACUCCAUGCUCAUGGACACAGAUUAAUCUUAUCAAAGGACCUGUGGAUCAAAUACAUGUUUCCAGAAGAAAAGAGUUGACAACGUUCUUGAAAGGGAGUAAGAAAGCAAAAGAGCAACUAAAGCAUGAUAAUCCUACAUUGUUUGCUUACUUUACUGAAAUCUGGGAUGUCAGAAACAACCAUAUAGAUGAGACUCUCCCUACAAAUUAUGUGUUCAUGCUGAAAUGCUGUGGGAAAAGUUGGUGCAAACAUCCGUUGUGUCAAAAAGGUACACUUAUUUUUUUUUCAAAAUACAGUAUCAUUUCUUCUUUAAAUCUUUAUUUAGCUAAUUCCACACUAUUUUAUAGUAAUGGGACACAUGACGCUUUUAUGUUACAAGAUUAUUAAAUCUGUGGGUUUUUCAAAUUGUAGCUUCCUCAUCGGAAUCACGAUCUAAUAAUGCUGAAAACCAAAAGAAGAGAUUACUGUAUAUGCGAAAAGCCAGAAGAGAAAGGAAGGUAAUAUAUUGCUAAAAGGCCCAACGACCAAGCAAAGAAACUUCGAAUUGCCUUAACCUGCAAGUCUGCAACUAGCCAGCCUCAAUACAAUUAGAUGUACCUGCCAUAAAGUCAUUUUCCGUGCAAAGUGGUACAACUUUAUAUUGAAAUGCCACAAUUUAAACAAGUUAUUCAAAUAUUUCGGACAGUUGACUCUCGAUAUGUACCAAGUUAAAAAAAUAUUUCUUGAAAAACCCUUAAUGUUGUAAGGUCGCAUUCACACAGACAUGUUAAAAUUGUAUGCCAAACGGAAUGGGUCAUUGAGUGUACUGUGUGCAUAUGAGUACAAAGUUACUUUUAUGUUUGCAGGUUCAUGAUUUCAUGUGACCAAUGUGGAAAUUGGUUUCACAGAGAUUGUAUUGCCAUGACAGAGGAGGAAUUAAACAAACAUGAAGACCAAGAUUUGCCUUAUAUAUGUCCUAGGUGCAAGGAACCAGGUGUGUUUAAUUUUAUGAGUUUUACAACACUCGAAUUUAUGUACGUUCACUCGGAGAGUAAUUUAACUGUUGUUUUUUUAGGAGUCCGAGAUCUUCCUGUUGAUGUCAAAUGGUUUCCAGCUGGCCCAUCGUUUAGUUUCUUUCCGCAUCCAGUUGUUGAUCCAAGUAGGCCGUGGAAAGGAACACAAUGCAAGACUUGUGCUCCAACAUGCUACGGUCAUUAUGUCACAAAUGUCGACCAGUUGUUGCAACUAUAUUCUGAAGGAAAAGCAAUUCGAUCUCCACCACCCAGCAAUAUUUUAACAGAUUACCAUAAAUGUCAGGAUAAUACUAAAUCAGUAUUAAAUAUAGAUACAGAUGCUUUGGAUAAAUUAUCUAAGAAAUGCCUUCUUCCUCCUGAUGAGGUCAAAAUUUGGUUAAACCACCUUCACCAAGUCGCUGAGAACAGAAAACGAGGAGUAGAGAAAGCUAAAGCUACAAGGGAAAAGAAGAAAAACAAAAAGGCCUAA